AUGAACCUGAAGACGAGCAGGAAGAGGAAGAGGAAGACGAGCACACCACCGGAACCUGUUCCCGAGCUUUCGGACCAGAUUGUCCAGGGCAUCCUGGUCCGGCAGCCUGUCAAGUCCCUCCUGCGGUGCAAGGCGGUGUGCCAGGCGUGGCGCGCCAUCAUCUCCGACCCCUUCUUCACCCGGGCGCACCUCCGGUGGUCGGCCUCCAGAUGGGAGGAGGAGGAGGGCUGGCCGACCAACUUCUCCAACCACAUCCGCUUCUACCAGUGGCAGCAAGGUGCUUCCAUGGCUACGUUCAUGCACGCCGAGGACUUCGACUGCAAGUUCAGUUUCGUGCGCUACUUUGCCCACUGCGACGGGCUGGUGCUUGCUCCCACGGACACCGGUAUCUACCUCUUCAAUCCGGCCACCAGGGAAACCGUCACGCUGCCAAUCAGCAUCCGGCACCAUGAAGAGGUACACUGCUGCUGCAUCGGCUUGGGCCGGGAUCCGCGCUCAGGCAAGUACAAGGUAGCCCGGGCCUUCUACCGGUCAUGGGACCCUGACACUGGCAUGGGGACAGGCAUGAGGAUGGAGGUGCUCACCGUCUCAUGCAACGGCGGCGCCGCCGCUUGGAGGGAGAUCGCGGACGAUCUUCCCUACCCUGCUUGCAAUUGGCGAACCGCCAUGACGGUCAAUGGGUUCUUGUUCUGGCGCGUCGCCAAACACCUCCCUGGGCUGCCUCCACGGGGUCUCAUCCACCUCAGCCUGGCCGACGAGACGUUAGGCAUCACCACGCUGCCUGAUUCUGUCGACCCGGUGCUCCCCGAUGCCUUCGCGCUGGACGAGCUGCAUGGGGAGCUAUGCGUAACCGAAGUUACCGACGACGAAACCGUGACCAUUUGGACGCUGGCUGUGCAAGAAGAUGGGGUCCAAGGCCAAUGUUGGGAGCAGCGUUGCAUCGUCCAGCUCGGUGGUUUUUUCCAUCCUUUGGCAUUUCUUCCUGGUGGCCGAAUAAUGUUGAAGGCGGGUUUCGACAUCAGCAUCUACGACAUGGCUACCGCAAAGCUGACAACUGUGUGGCAGAUGGAUCGCUUGAAAUACCAGGGUCGCAGGGCACGGACGUGGAAGAAUCUCUUCGUCUUCAACGCCCUUCGGUAUACAGAAAGUCUUGUUCGGAUCACUGUGUAG